AUGGGCAAGCUUGAUGUAAACGUUCUUCGUUAUUUAACCAAAGAGGACUUCCGAGUUCUUAUUGCGGUUGAGUUGGGAAUGAGAAAUCAUGAGUUAGUUCCUGCUGCCCUGGUAGCUUCUAUAGCUCAUCUACCAACUGGAGGCAGCCAUAAGAAACUUAGAGAACUCCAUAGGCAUGGAUUAGUUGCUUAUGAGCAAGGCAACAAAAGAUAUCAUGGAUAUCGCUUGACAAAUGCUGGGUAUGAUUACUUGGCCUUGAAAGUUUUUGCAGAAAAGAAUGUCAUUUCAUCUGUUGGAAAUCAAAUUGGAGUAGGAAAGGAGUCAGAUGUCUACAUUGUUGCAGAUGAAGAGGAACGUCAGUAUGCCUUGAAAUUUCACAGACUAGGACGAACCUGCUUUCGGCAGAUUAAAAACAAGCGUGAUUACCUGAAAUACAGAAAGUCUGCAUCUUGGCUUUACCUUGGUAGACUUGCAGCCACAAAGGAAUAUGCACACAUGAAGGUCUUGUAUGAGCGGAAAUUCCCAGUUCCUAAGCCUGUUGAUUUCAGUCGACAUGCUGUUGUAAUGGAACUUUUAAAUGGAUAUCCCAUGUGCCAGGUACAUGAGUUGUCUGAUCCAAGUGUUACAUACAAUGACUGCAUGGAGCUGUUAGUAAAAUUGGGAAACCAUGGACUCAUUCAUGGAGACUUCAAUGAGUUUAACCUAAUGGUUGACUCAAAGGAUCAUAUCACAAUGUUUGACUUCCCACAGAUGAUAUCCACAUCACACCCAAAUGCAGAAAUGUAUUUUGACAGAGAUGUACAGUGUAUCCGAGACUUCUUCGCCAAGCGUUAUAACUAUGAAAGUGAACUGUAUCCUACAUUCUUUGAUCUAGAGAGGAUUGACACAUUAGAUGUUGAAGUAGCAGCAAGUGGUUUCACAAAGGAUUUGGCUGAUGUCUUUAAUCAGAAAAUGGAUGAAAUGGGAAUCCUCUGCAACAUAGAAUCAAAUGUCAGUCUGGCUGAGGCUGCUUAUGAAACUGAUGAUAAUGAAGAAGAAUAUGCAGAUAGUACAUUAUCUGAUGAUAGCAACAAAGAAGCCAUUGUUUAUUCCGAAAUUCCAGAUUCUAACAGCAAAGAAAAGAAUGUUGAUGAAGAGAAUAGCAGAGUUUCUCAUGGAAAAGACCCCAAUAUUUUGAAAUGGCUUACACAGGCUGAAUGUGAAGAUGAGGAUAUAGCAUCAUAUCUUUCUGCUGAAGAAUUUCAUGAUGCUAAAGCAACCAUAUCUGAAAUUGUUGACACAGCACUAGAUGGAUGUCUUUUUGAUAGUAUGAAGAUAACUAACCAACCGGAAGUUUUGGAUAUGCAUUUAAAUGAUGUAGAUAUUGGUAAAAUAGAUGAACUUACAAAUCCUGCUGAUUUAGAGGAGUCAACAUUGAAAACCUUGAGCAAAAUUAAUCAUGAAAUUCAGCCCUUUAGAAAUAAGGAAAGCCUGCAGCAUGUCAACAAACAUCAGCUGCAGACUAGAAGUGACCAAGUUUCUCAAUUCACCUCAAGUAUAGCUUGCUCCAGCAUAGCACCUGAAGUGGCCAGGAUUCGAAUUCGUAAUCAGGCCAAGCGCAGACAACACGCACAACAAUCACGACGUGUGAGAAAGAGUGGAGAGGCUUCUUUGGUUACAAAAGAACGUAGAGAAAAUAGUGACAAUAUCAAGCAGUCUUUAGAUGCUGUUUGGUUUUAA